UCAUUGGGCUGUUGUGGAGAAAUUCGAUUCACUUUUUGUCUUUUGUGGGUGCCAUGGCUGAAAUGAAACUUAUGACCAUUGAUAGUUCUGAAACUUGGAAAAUAUUGUUAUCACAGACAGAAGGUAGAGAUAAGCUAUAUAGAACUUUACAAUAUGCCUGCAAGCUUGUGAGAGGUGUGGAUGCAGGAAGCAGUUCACUCUCCAAAAAAUCUUUGGCUCUCGAACAAAUUCUUGGCAACGCAAGACAAGUGUUGAGACUUGCCAAAUGGGUGAAUAUUUGGAGCAAACGCAUUGGUCAGACAUCGUUUGGUCUCAAAGGUCAGAAUUCGAUAGGAGCCACGUUGCAACUUUUAAAUGACCUCGGUAACUUUCUUUACUUUGCUUUUGACAACUAUGCUCUCCUUUGUAAAACAAUAUUGGACGGAAGGGAUGCUAAUGCUUAUCAACUAAGAGGGAAGCGCUUCUUUUUGUUGGCUGUGAUAGCUGGCUUUCUUGACUCUCUAUGGAAAUUCAGAAAUGUUAGGAAACAGUUGUCACUUUUAUAUGAACGCGAGAGAUCCACUAUGCUGGAAACUUCGUCUAGUGACAAAAGAGACUCGGGGAACACUUCGCGUGAGCUUCAAACCUUGCAAAAACAGCAACAGGAAGCUAUUGUAGGUAUAGUUCGUUAUGGCUUUGAUAUCGUUGUAGGUAUCAGUAUAUCACGCAAGGAACAACUCAGUCCUACCUUGACUGGGUUUUGCGGUGUGAUAUCUUCUUUAGUGGCUUGGUACCAAGUUUGGCCAAGAAAGCCCGUAACAACUGUUUAACUUGCUUUAAAAAAGACUUGAAAUGUUCAUGAAUGAUUUUCUAUAAAGAAAGCUAGCUAUCUGAAUAUGAGCCGUGUUUAGAAGUUAUCUGCAGGAUGAAUUAUAAACAUUUCCGAAAAAUG